UUUAUUUUUUGUUACAAGUUAAAAGAAGUGUUUUUCUCAUCUGGAUUAGGGGUUAGGUUUUGCAAACAUGGACGUCAAUUUAGGUGGGCAGAAAACCGUCGGCCAGAAGAAGGACGAUCUUGGGGAGCGCUGCCAAAAAUUAUUUCAGGAUUUCUUGGAUGAAUGUAGCGAAAAUGGCGAAUUGAAAUACGUGAGUGAGGCGUGCGAGCUAAUCAGACCUGAGCGAAACACGCUGACUGUCAGCUUCGAGGAUGUGGAGAGAUGCAACCAACCACUGGCCAAUGCCAUUUUAGCUGAAUAUUACAGGGUCUACCCAUAUCUGUGUCGGGCUGUUAAGAUAUUUGCUCACGACCGGGGCCAGGUUGACAUGAAUAAAGAGUUCUACAUCAGCUUCACUGACGUGCCCAGUAGACUGAAAGUUCGGCAAUUGAGAACGAGUCGAAUAGGCACCCUAAUAAAAAUAACCGGACAAGUUGUCAGGACCCAUCCCGUCCAUCCGGAAUUAGUGUCGGCCACGUUUGUCUGUCUUGAAUGUCAAACUGUAAUCAGGGAUGUGCAACAACAGUUUAAAUACACACAGCCGACGAUAUGUAGGAACCCUGCAUGCAACAACAGGACAAAAUUCCUCCUAGAUGUCAGCAAAUCAAAAUUUGUUGACUUUCAAAAGGUUAGGAUCCAAGAGACUCAGGCUGAAUUGCCAAGAGGCAGCAUUCCCAGAAGUAUCGAAGUGAUCUUAAGAGGUGAAUCAGUUGAAACAGCCCAGGCUGGUGACAGAUGUGAUUUCACUGGCACGUUGAUUGUGGCUCCUGAUAUCAGUGCUAUGGCCUUUCCUGGAGUGAAAUCGGAAACAGGCAGCAGGAUUCAGAAUCAGCAGCAAAUGGGAGAGGGAGUGAGAGGAUUGAAGAUGUUGGGAGUGAAGGAUCUUAACUACAAGAUGGCCUUCCUUGCUUGUCAUGUGGCUCCCUCUUUUAAAAAGUAUGGUGGCCUAGAUACAACGAAAUCUGAAGACAUGAAUCCUGAAAUGUUGAGGAGGCAGAUGACAGAGGCUGAGUGGCAAAAGAUUUAUGAGAUGUCUCAAGAUAAGCACAUAUACACUAAUCUCUGCAACAGUCUAUUUCCUACUAUUCAUGGUAACGAUGAAGUUAAGAAAGGUAUUUUGUUGAUGUUGUUUGGUGGGGUGCCGAAGACAACCCUGGAAGGCACCAGGUUGAGAGGUGAUAUCAAUGUUUGCAUUGUUGGUGAUCCGAGCACUGCUAAGAGCCAACUGCUCAAACAAGUGGAGGAGUUCAGUCCUCGAGCGGUGUACACCAGUGGCAAGGCAAGCACGGCGGCUGGCCUGACAGCAGCUGUCGUCAAAGACGAAGAAUCGCAUGAAUUCGUCAUUGAGGCAGGCGCUCUCAUGCUCUCUGAUAACGGCGUAUGUUGCAUAGACGAGUUCGACAAGAUGGAUAUCAAGGAUCAAGUGGCCAUUCACGAGGCCAUGGAACAGCAGACGAUAAGCAUCACGAAGGCAGGGGUCAAGGCCACACUGAACGCACGAACCUCCAUCCUGGCGGCUGCGAAUCCGGUCGGAGGGAAGUACGACAAAUCGCGAUCUCUGCGGAUGAACGUGAUGAUGAGUGCGCCUAUCAUGUCGAGAUUUGACCUCUUUUUCAUACUCGUUGAUGAGUGCAAUGAGGUGACGGACUACUCGAUAGCUCGUCGCAUAGUCUCGCUGCACAUGAACAGCAAUGAAGUCGUGCAAAGAGUGUACAGCGUUGAUGACAUUCAAAGGUACAUCACCUUCGCUAGGAUGUUCAAGCCCAAGAUAAGCAGAUCAGCCGUGGAUUUGCUUGUCAGUGAGUACAAAGAGAUGCGAAUGAAUGAAAGUGGAUCGUCCAGUUCUUCAUGGAGGAUCACUGUCAGACAAUUAGAGAGCAUGAUUAGACUUUCAGAAGCUUUGGCUCGUUUGCAAUGUCAGGAUGAGGUUCAAGUGAAGCACGUUAAAGAAGCAAACAGGUUGCUGAGCAAAUCGAUAAUAAGAGUAGAACAGCCAGACGUUCUUUUGGACAACGAUGAUGGUGACGCUCUUGCUGAAGAGGAGAAUGUUGAUGAGGCUGCUGCUGCUGCUACAGUUGCUGCUGAUGAUGAUGAGGCUCGUCGUGAUGAUGAUGAACAAAUGGAAGUUGACAACGUUGAAAAUGGCAGUCAAAAGGUUCCAAACAAGACUCCAGGGCAAAAAAUAACAUUUGAAGAGUACAAACAUCUUGCUAAUCUGUUAGUACUCUAUUUAAGAAGACGAGAAGAGGAAUUUUUGGCAGAAGGUGACACUGAGGGUUGUGGCGGUGUGACAAUGAGUGCCCUCGUUGAUUGGUACCUGAAAGAAAUUGAAGAUGAGAUUGAUUCUGAAGAGGAACUGCUGACCAAGAAGAGUUUAGUUGAAAAAGUCAUCAAAAGACUUAUCAAUCAUGACCACGUCCUAAUAAAAUUGUCGUACACUGGACUCUCCAAAGGCAGGACGGAGAUCGUCGAGGAAGACGAUCCUAUACUCGUUGUGCAUCCAAAUUAUGUCAUAGAUUAAAUUUUUUAUCGUUUUAAUCCCCAACUGUUUUGUUACGUCAUAAUUUCACUAACUGUUUUCACAAUUUUUACGGUACUUUAAUAAUUUACGUCUGUUUGUAAUGUUCGAGUUUAAUAAUUAGAAAGAAACACUUGGCAUCUUUGGUUUUAUCGUUUUUCAAAUUAUUGAUUUUUAUGGCGUUAGUUGCUAGUUUAUGUAUUUGAAAAUUCAAAAAAA